AUGCAUGUUAUUAUCCGCUACAUCAUCACAUUGGGCAUCCUGGCCACUGUCACCUGUGCUGCCGACAGGUCGGCAAUGCUGCGCACAGUCGUCACGACCGAUAUGGAACAGGAUGAUCUGACUUCUCUUAUUCGAUUUUUACUGUAUUCGAAUGAGCUCGACACUCAAGGUAUCAUCUAUAGCGCAAGUCGCUACCAUUGGUCCGGUGACGGCAAUGGCACCAUGUUCUAUCUGCCUGGUCGCGAAUAUACCACCCCACAGUGGCAAUGGCGCUGGACAGGCACGCGAACAAUCCAAGACAAAGUUCUCAAGGCAUGGGCAGAGGUUUGGCCGAACCUUAACAACCAUGAUCCGCACUACCCCACGCCAGACGAGCUGUUGUCGAAGAUCAAGAUCGGCAACAUAGAUUUUGAGGGAGAAAUGAGCCAUGACACCGAAGGUUCAGAUCUUAUUAGAUCUCUUAUAUUAGAUCAGGACCCGCGAAAGAUCUACUUGCAGGCAUGGGGUGGUACCAACACUAUUGCUCGUGCUUUGAAGUCGAUUGAGGAGAAGUACUCGAAGUCGGGACAGUGGACGAAAGUAAAGCAAGAGGUCUCCCGUAAAGCUGUGAUCAUGGCAAGCGGUUUCCAGGAUGAUACAUACGCAAAAUAUAUUGCACCAAGCUGGCCAGAUGUCCGUGUUGAGUCUCUGGAUGCCGGAGGAGCAACCUGGGGGUAUAACUGCAACAAGGGCCAAGGAAACACUCGCGGGCUAUCCACAGGCAGUCGAAAAUACUUCUCUGGCGAUUGGAUCAAGCGAAACGUCCAGACAGGGCCAUAUGGAGGAAUGUAUCGUUCCUGGCUUGACGGGCAAGCUAUGCCAGGUGACAGGCAAGACAUUUUUGGGGAUCCUGCAACGGCAAACACAUCUAGCUUUUGUCAACCGUUAAGCGCAUAUGACUUUUUGAGCGAGGGGGACAAUAUAUGCUUCAACAACUUGUUGUCAACAGGCCUUCAGAACCCGGAAAGUCCACGCCUCGGUGGCUGGGGAGGUCGGGCCAAGCAGAACAGCACUUCACCGAAUUUGUGGGUUUCUGUCGACGAUGGCAAUGAAAAGAACGCCAGUGGUAUUGAUGUCGCGGAUUAUACGACAGACCGAUGGAGCGCAGCUGUGCAAAAUGAUUUCGCAGCUCGAAUGCAGUGGACAAUGACACCGGACUUUCGGCGUGCCAAUCAUCCACCUUCGGUUCAGAUACUCAAUGACACGACCGUAAAAGCUGGCCCUGGAUCGACUGUGCUGCUGGUUGCUGCAGUCAGUGACCCAGAUUCUUCAGACAAAGUCACCACAUCAUGGUGGCAGUUCUUUGAAGAGGGCACGUAUCCAGGGAGUGUUCAUAUGACUGAGGUCGGUAAGAGGAAGGUGAAUGUAUCAGUUCCAAAGGAUGCCAAGCAAGGUCAAAAUAUCUCACUCAUUCUGCAAGGUACUGACGAUGGAGACUUCCCAUUGACGCGAUAUAGCCGAAUUUUUAUCCAAGUUACAUAG